AUGGCUGCAAAGAGACAUCUUAGCUAUGAGUUGGAAGAUGGUUCUCGGAGGAAGUUUGAUCCAAAACCUUGGAGGCUACCAAGAGGUAUUAUGACAUCUAUUAGCGAUAGCAAGUAUUAUUUCUUUAAAAUUAAAAAUAGUAGAUUUGAAAAUAAGGAUACAAGACUAGCAGGAAACGGGGAAUGGAAGAGCAUGGAAAAGAACAAGGAAAUUUCUCUACCAAACAAUAUGUUCACUGGGAUAAAAAACACACUCGAAUUCUGGAAAAUGCAAGGAGGGGAACUUGUAAAAACUGAAUGGCUAAUGAAUGAAUUCCGCAUUACUUCAAGUGCUCACCCGACCGAGGUUUCAGCUUUUGCAGCAUAUCGCAUCAUGUUGGAACGAACCUUGGAAGCUACAAAGAGAUUUAAAAAUAAGGAUACAAGACCAGAUGGAAACGGGGAAUGGAAGAGCAUGGAAAAGAACAAGGAAAUUUCUCUACCAAACAAAAUGUUCACUGGGAUAAAAAACACACUCGAAUUUUGGAAAAUGCAAGGAGGGAAACUUGUGAAAACUGAAUGGCUAAUGAGUGAAUUCCCCAUUACUUCAAGUGCUCACCCGACCGAGGUUUCAGCUUUUGCAGCAUAUCGCAUCACUAAGACUGUUCUACCAAGUGUAUUUGAUAUUACAAUGGAGGAUGGAUGUUCCUCUCCUCCACCCUCUUCAUGA